AGAUUCCGAAGUGCAAUUGGUUCUCAUCAUACACUUACACUGAAUAAGUACAUUUGGCAAUGAGAUGAGCGUACAAUCAACUGAUAAUCGAAAAAGUUUGAAAACCACUGAUUAAUGUAAUAACAAUCCAAACCUACAUGUUUUAUCUCGUGUAAAAAAUAUUGGAUAUUGGAAACCGCUGGCUUGUGAAAAUGAGCACCUCUUCUAUUCGGUUUAAGUGUACAAUGAACAACACAAUUCUUGACGUCAUGAGAAAAAGAGGAUGGGUUGAAGUUCUCAGAGAAGAUGAAUGUGAAUUCUUUUGGUGUGAUCCAAUGACAAUGAAAGAGUUAUUUGAUCAUGGAUUAAUGGGAAAUAUUACGAAGAUUUGUCAUUUUCGAAAUCAUUUUGAGCUUACACGUAAAAAUUUAAUGGUUAAAAAUUUGAAACGUUUAAAACGUAAAUGGGAGAAAGAAUACAACAAACAAGAAGGUCAAAGGCUGGAUUUUUUCCCAACAACAUUUGAAUUACCAAUGGAAUAUCAUAUGUUCAUUGAAGAAUUUCGUCGAUGUCCCGGUUCUAUAUGGAUUAUGAAACCUGUGGCUAAAUCACAAGGCAAAGGAAUAUUUCUUUUUCGUAAAUUAAGAGAUAUUGAAGCAUGGAAACGUGCUGGAAUGAAAUGUGACCAGUUAGCUGUUAGUGAUACUACGGCGGCCGCGGCUGCUUUGGCUAAUCGUGAAUCACCAGAAACUUAUGUUGUUUCACGCUAUAUAACAAAUCCUUAUUUAUUAUGUGGACGGAAAUUUGAUCUACGUGUUUAUGUUCUAGUUACUUCGUACAAUCCAUUGAAAGUUUGGAUUUACAGAGAUGGAUUUGCUCGAUUUUCUAAUACAAGAUUCUCAUUGGAUUCUAUUGAUGAUCAAUAUAUACAUUUGACAAAUAUUGCUGUACAAAAAACUGCACCAGAUUAUGAUGCUGAAAAAGGUUGUAAAUGGUCGAUUGGUCGUUUACGUCGACAUCUUUUAGCUAAAUAUGGUUAUAAAAAAGUGGCAGAAUUAUUUCAUCAAAUCGAUAUGAUAUUUAUUGGCAGUUUAUUAAGUGUACAAAAAAUCAUUAUCAAUGAUAAACGUUGUUUUGAAUUGUAUGGUUAUGAUAUUCUACUUGAUAAUAAUUUACGACCAUGGUUAUUAGAAAUUAAUGCAUCUCCUUCAUUGACUGCUUCGUCUAAAGAAGAUUAUCGAUUAAAAACUAAUCUUUUGGAUGAUAUGCUAGAUAUUGUAGACCUGGAAGGUCGUCUGACAAAUCUUGAGAAACGUGUUGGUGAUUUCGACCUAAUCUGGGAUGAUGGUCCAAUACUUCCUACGUCUGAUACUACAGAAGGUUGGUUAAUCAAUGCAUUGAAUACGAUAAAUCCAUUCAAUUCCGAAAGCCCGUCAAAUUCAAUUCAUGUAUUCGGACCUAAUGGACUGCCUAGACUUAAUUCAUUUCUUGGUUGUACUUCACCACAAUCACCUAAAUGUAGGAUGAGCUUUAAACCUUAGUGCUUGGACUGUUGUUGUUACCUAGUGAUGAUAAGAAAUAAUGUACAAUUAGAUUAUUCCGC